AUGUCCAUUCGCACUCCCCAUCACUGGCCUGAACAUGGCGUGCCACUCUACUUCUUUGACUCACACACGAGACCACUUCGCAAAAACACCACGUUUCUGAAGCCAAAAAUCGCUGCCAUUCGUUCCCAAUGGGAGCAUAUGGAUCUCGAGACAUUAUCCAGCCGAGUGCGGGCAAUGACAGACUGGCUUCACCCAAAUGACCGCCGCAGAUCUACCCAGGUCUUUGCAACAUUCAUAGCUGCGGAGACCAUCAGAAGAGACGGACGCCAGCGCAAGCAAUCUCGGCGCUACGAUCCAUCGUACCGUACUGCAUCGUCUCAUCCGUCAACGCCCAAGAAGCAAAGCCCUACACAAGACAUCGAUGCGCCUGACAGCCCAUCCCGCGACUCUCCCGUCGCACGACGACCAAACACCCGAAUUUUCACUCCAGAGGCAACGCCACCUCCAGCUGUUGCGACCACUGCAUCAAUGCCAACAUCUGACAAACCACCUGCACCUUCCCAGCUCGGUUCGGCUCGGACAACCAUGAGUCCAGCAAUGGCAGCCAAGAUUUCACAGUUUGAGAGGGUCACCCGUGUAAUGCUCAGAGAGCUCCGGCGAAGCUUGCUUGAGGAGGAGAAUUACACAGAGGCAGAGGCGGAGGGUCUUCUUCGAGGAGUUGUUGACGGUCUUGUGGACCUGUCUGAUGCUGAGGAGGUGGUUGAGGGCUAG